AUGAAUAUGGACAGGCUGAUGGAAAUGGUUGAAUCAAAUCAGCAAGUCAUUAUAAUUAAAGUGGUGGCGGCGCUAGUGUUAUUCUGCGGAGUUGCCGUGCAUGCCGCCGAAGAGUCAUCCCCCGAUGUGGAGGAGACAACGGAGUCUCCCAUUGCCGAUAUGGCUUUGGUAGAUAUUACCUAAAGGGCUUCAAAUUCUAUUGCAGAACCACCGGUGAUGAAUGCCAACGCUGAAGCUGCAGUAGAGGCAAGCAAACAAGAAGUGCCACUGAUGCCAGAGACUAUCCAGCCCCAUACAAUUGCCGAUUUUGUUAUACACCCUUUGAUUGCCUUGAAAGCUAGGGUUCCCGAGGAGCCCAUUGGUGAGGGUAAACAAGCUGCCAGUUCCACUACUCCUGCCCCUUGGCAGAUCUUUGGCUUCAAUCCUGCCCAGAGUUUGGGCUCCUCGGUUUCCUCCUUGGCCGGCACCGUUUCCGGCUGGCUGGGCAAUCGCAUUCAAUUGCCAAGUCUGAUUGAGACGCCGGUAGCUGAGUCAUCAACUACCACCACAACUACAACCAUUCGACCAGAUGUGGUUGUCAGGGUGCAACACAGACCUUCGACCAGGAAACCUCUAAUUCAGAUCAACGACGAAAGCAGACCCCAUCGUUUCGGCAAUAACUUCUAUGAUUCCGAGGAGUAUGACGAUGAUUACGAUGACGAUUAUUUCGAACGCGAUGAUUUCGAUGAUGAGGAUGAUGACCACAGUGAUGAAGAAGAUGACGAUGAUCACCGCAAUGGAGGUAAUGACGAAAGCCGAGAAGAUGAAGAUGAUGAGGAAGAUAAUGAGCUGGAAGACGAGGAUCGACCGGUACGCAAGCGCAGGCCCAAUAGGAGGACGAGUAGCAGCAGCAGCAGCUCAAGUUCUAGCAGCAGCAAUAACAACAAGAACAAGAAGAAGGCCAACCAAAAGAAGAAGGCAUCCAACAACAAGAAACGUAAUGAGAAACGCAAGCGACCCCAAGACAGUGAAGAGGAGAUCGAAAAUGACGAUGACAAGAGUGAGGAGGAAGCUGAGUAUGACGAGGACGAUAACAGCCAAGAAUUCUUCUACAACAACAAUCAUGGAUCCACCAAACGUUCGCAGAAUCAACAGGGUUUCAUUCAAUUGGGUCAACAGAAUCUCAUCAAUCAAAUUCGCCAACUGACCAGAGGCCAGACGCCCGCUGAAAUUGGUGCUGUGAUGCGUCGAGGAUCAUCAACGUCCUCUGGCAGCAAGCGUCGUACGCCAGCCACAUUGAUUAUCAAUCGCAAUGGCCAAACAGUCUACAUGGCUCCCGAACUACUGGAAGCUACCCAUGGGGCGGGCAACAAGAUUGUUGCACCCAUGUACACUACCUCUAGCGUACCUGCCAAGAAGAAGCCCUCCAAAGGCUAUCCCCAACCACCCCUAACGGUGCCCCUGAGAAGAAAGGGUCAACCCACCCAAUACAUUACCAUACCAUGGAGCCAGUUGGGCAUUUCUUCUCCCAGCCAGCUAGUCUCUGUAUCAGAGGGUAUCCAAACCCAACCUUUGAUACUCAACAUUCCACAAAGUGCCUUGGAAAGCAUGCAAAUCUCGAACAAACCCAAAAGACCUCAACAAGCACAACUUCUCACCCCAGAUGCGGUGCCUCUACUGGCCGAAGCCUCACUCAUGGAUGUCUUCAAGCCACCACAAAUUCCUCCAGCCCGCACUCCUUCGGGAACAAGAGCUUCCGUUAAAAUGACCGCAGCCGUGACUCCAGUGAUCAUCACCACCACCAAGUCCAAGCAACGCAUACGCCCCGGUACCAUUGUGGAGAAGGCUCCCGACAUGGACGCCAUGGGAAAUGCUCAAAUGGAGAUGGAGGAAAGCGCCAGUGAAAGUGAAAACCAAUUCAUAAUGGUGGGCGAAGAUGGCGAACCAGGUUUGGGACGUCAGGUCUAUCCUGUGUUUGGCGAAAGUCGCCACGUUCAGGCGGGGUUCAAUCCCUAUUACCAUCUCUUCCAGAACCGACCUUUGAGAAGAGGCCGUGAAUUGCAGGAAAAUGGAGAGCCCAUGGCCGAAGGCGAAAUGAUGGAUGGCGCUGCCAUGCAAUCCGAAACCAUGGCAGACAGUCCUAUGAUAAUGAUCUCUAGCAGUGAGCCAGCAGUGCAGGAAUUGCCUGUGAUGCAAAGCCAAGAGUCUGCCAUGGAGGGUGCUGUAAUGCCAACGCAAGAGACAAAAACUGAACCAGCCAUGGAAGCUGCAGUCAUGCCGGCUGAACCAGUCAUGCUAAAUGUAGUCAAGAAUGCUGAACCAGCCAUGGAAGCUUCAGUGGUGCAAGCAGAACCAGCCAUGGAAGCUUCAGUGAUGCAGGCUGAAUCGGCGAUGGUCCAAAGCCACGAACCAGCUAAGGAAAUGACCCUCACUGAGGAAGCAGCCAAAGAAAUGCCCCUGGUAAAGUCUGGUGACCACACCAUCCCAGUUCAAGUGAUAAGUUCUGAAUCCGAAAUGGCUAAAAGUCCUGAAACCAUAGCCUCCGAGAUCAAACCACAAGAAACCAAAAUCGAAUAG